AUGUUAUCUACCUCCGCGUCUCCACAAAUACCAUCACACCACCACCUCAUCUCCAUGACCAUAAUCAAGUCUCCACCAUCGCCAACACGUCCCUACCACCACCAUCACCACGUUUCUGCUACCACGAAGACUCAACCACCAACACGUCUCCAUCACCGCAUCACAUGGUUUCCACUGCCACGAUGUCAUCACCGACACAACAACCUCCACGUGACCACUGCCACUUCGUCUCCACCUCCAAUGUCACCACGUGUCCACCACCACGUCCAGCCCGUAUCCACUGCCAUCAUGUCUCCACAGCCAACAAAAUGUCUUUAUCGCCAUGACGUCUCCAUUAUCACAAUCACCACGUCACCAACGCCGCCCCCUCUCCACAACCACGUCAGUGCCGCCACCACCACUAUCACUACCGCUACAUCUCUGACACGACCACAAGCUCCGUCACCACCGACACCACGUCUCUAUCGCCAUGACCACUCCACCACCACCACCAGCAACACGUCUCCACCACCACCACCACGUCUUCAAAAAGACCAUCACUUCUCCACCGCCACCACGUUUCCACAAACAACACCACCACGUCUCCUUCGGAACUAUGUCCCAACCACUACCACAACUCUUCUCCACCACCACCACGUCUCGAACACCUCCAUGUUUCCACCGCCAUGUCACCAACACGUCUCCACAACCACGUCUCCGACGCCAUCACGUCUAUUCCAGCACUACCAUCACGUCUCCAAAGCCAGUACGUCCUCUCCACCACCACAGCCACUUCCUUCCCCCACCGCGUCUCAACCAGCACCACCGAAACCACUUGUCCACAGACACCACGUCUCUACUACCACCACCGCCACCACGUCUCUUCCACCAGUACCACCACGUCUCCAAGUCCAGCACCCACCGCCACACGACUCCACCAUCGCCACAAAUUCAACACCAACACCACUACGUCCCAACCACCACCACGACAAACACCUCGAUGUCUCCAUUGCCACCACGUCUCCACCACUAUCACGACCACCACAACCGCCAAUAUGUCUCUGCCUCCAACAAUUCUCCACUACCACAACCAUCAUAUCUACCACCACUUAUCCAAAGCUAACAUGUUUCCACAAGUACCACUACAAUGACUCACAUCAAACACGUCUCCAUCACAACCACAACCACGCCACGACAACCACCACCACCACGUCUCCAAAGCCGGCACGUCUCCACUACCACCGCACGCUCCACCAUAACUCGUUUCCAGUCUCCACAUUUCAACAGAACCACGUCUCUACCACCACCACCGCCACAACGACCCAACCACCACCACCAAUACGUCCCAACGACUACUACCGUCAUCAUGUCACCACCUCUACAACUAUUUUUCUAUCACCAUAA